AUGACGAUGCACACCCGCCGUAAUCGUCAGCCCACAGCAAAGGGUGCCGAGUACCAGGAGACCCUCCACAAGACUCCCUCUCCCAAGGGCAUCAACAACAGCAGCACCAAGAAGCCUUCUCCCGCUGCUGUCUGCAAACCUGUAGCCUCUCCUGCUCGUAAGAGCAACAACAAGAAGACCUCUUCUGCAGCUCGCAAUGCUGCAGCCAUCGCCGUUGUUGAGGCAAUCGACAGAUCACCGUCGUUCUCGCCUAUCUCUCCUCCCACCUCACCAUCAAGCAGCAACAAGAGCAGCAAUCCUCUGCAAGCUUAUGACAACGCCAUGGCUAAAGCAGCCGCCGAUGCUCUCGCCGACUUCAGCUCGGAUACAUACUAUACCGAAUCGUAUCCGGAGUGGAAGUUCAGGAUGCGUGGAGAGCGAGAGCGUGCUGCAUGGAUUGUAGCAAAGCCAAAAGGAGCACCAACAGCUGCAGAGCCAUCGUCGGCGCGUCGCCGCCUCUUCACAUCUUCAGACAUGGACGAUGAUGUCUAUGUCGACAACGACCCGCCCAUAUACAUCAAACCGAAACUUCGCCGGGAUCAUGCCCUUAUGGGUAUCACGGCUGGCGUUCGCAAGCCAUCUAAGAAAGGGCAGUACAAUGGCUGCCAUAUCCGAGUCCACAAGACCUUUGCCGCUAAUCUGGGUCUUUACUACCACAAAGAUGGUAAGGGUGGCUGCAUCACGCCCAAGGAGCUGGCACAUGAUAGGGAGAAGUUCGCAGAGAUAGGCAUCGACAUUAACAUGCCUGUCGGUCGGCCGAUUGAUAUCGACGAGUCUAGCAUCAUCCAAAGGCGCACGACUUUCUAG